AACGCGGACCUGUCCACCCUGGACCACAUCAAACCCCUGUUAAUCUGGGACAGGAAGGACGCGGCCACCCUGGAACACAUCAAGCCAUGCUGGUACUGGGACAAAAAGGACCUGGCCCACACCCCAUCCCAGUCAGAGGGGCUGGACCCCGCCACUGAGGCCCGGUACCGCAGAGAGGGGGCUCGCUUCAUCUUUGAUGUUGGCACGCGGCUUGGGCUACACUAUGACACACUGGCUACUGGAAUCGUUUACUUCCACCGCUUCUACAUGUUCCACUCCUUCAAGCAGUUCCCUAGAUAUGUGACAGGAGGAUGCUGCCUUUUCCUAGCAGGCAAAGUGGAGGAAACUCCGAAGAAGUGCAAAGACAUCAUCAAGACAGCCCGCAGCCUGCUCAACGACAUCCAGUUUGCUCAGUUUGGAGAUGAUCCCAAGGAGGAGGUGAUGGUGUUGGAGCGCAUCCUGCUGCAGACCAUCAAGUUUGACCUGCAGGUGGAUCAUCCCUACCAGUUCCUGCUGCGCUAUGCCAAGCAACUCAAAGGUGACAAGAACAAGGUACAGAAGCUGGUUCAGAUGGCCUGGACCUUUGUGAAUGACGGCCUUUGUACCAUGGUGGCCCUGCAGUGGGAGCCACAGAUCAUAGCUGUGGCUGUCAUGUAUCUGGCUGGACGUCUCAGUAAGUUCGACAUCCAGGACUGGACCUCCAAGCAAUCAUCCCGGCGCUGGUGGGAGCAGUUUGUCUAUGAUGUGCCUGUGGAGGUGCUCGAAGAUAUCUGUCACCAGAUCCUGGACUUGUAUUCUCAGGCCAAGCAGCAGAUACCUGAUGGAGCGAUAGGGACUGGUGAAGACCCCCACCCACUGUCCAUUCUGCCCCCCACUGCCCCACCGCUGGCCAAGAAGGCCUCCCCUCAGACCAGCCCCAUGCCACCUAGACCAGCUCAGCCCUCUCCCAAAGAUGACAGCAAGCCGACUAAACUCACAAAUGUAGAACCUCCUCCACCUCCUCCUCCGCCCCCUCCUCCUCCAGUCUCCAUAAACCCAGGUCAGUGUCCUCGGUCCUUAAUGCCAUUUAACCUUAAACCCCCUUCCUCCUACACACCAGCCCCAAAUCUGUCAUCUAAACCACCCCCCCCCCCUUUACCCCAUUGCCCACCUCCACCACCUCCUCCACCCAUGGACCUCCCCACCUCCAGCUCCCUGAUGUCCAGCGAAGGUUACCAGAAGCUCCAAUCCAUGAUGACGACAGAGGGCUCCUGUUGUAGCACUGUACCCCAGGCCUGUGCUCCACCGCUGGGCUACCACCAUUACCCCCCAGGCACCACAUCCUACCACACUCCUCCACUCUCAGCCUAUAGCUACUUGCUUGCUCCUCCUCCGUUAGUGUUAGGGAUGGCCCCUAGUUUGAGCAGUGGGUACCCACCACCACCAUCAGCUGCUGGACACAAUCAGCUACCCCCUCCGCUGCCACCUGGGAUGCCUCCAGUCAGCAGUCUGAGCCGCGGUACGUGGAUGAGAUGAGUAUCACAAAGAGAGGCUCAGAUGUUUUUAUAAUGUUCUGAUUGACUUGAAAUUGCAAUUUUCACCUUUUAAGAUGAAAGGAAACAAUUCAUUGUUCUAUGGGAAAGAAAAUGCACCUAAUAUGUGACAAAUUCUGUUGUUGACUCAUUUCUGAAAAUAUGUACUUUUACACAAAUGUGAAUGUUCCGGUAGGCUUCACUUGAGCCGGCAGUGUUAGCAGAGACACAGAGGAUUGUAAAAUACAUGUCUUCCGUUAGCGCUCUUCUAAUUUGCAUUGUCAUAUUUUAAUGUAGAUAGUAUUCUCAUCUGUAUUGUCCUUUGCUCGGAUAAUCUCUGUUAUUGCCUCAUAUCCUAAUAUUGAUAGGAAGACAGUGUUCCAUACUGUUAACUUUUUAUUAGCCUAUUAAAAAGAACACAGUGACUGUAAAAGGCAGCUUUUUUUCAAUGAUUUAACUUUUUUCUUUUUCUCUGAAAAAAGUUUUGCAUUGAAGAACAAGAUGUUUCUGCUCGAUUCACGCAGAAAUUAUUAUUGUUUCCACUUUUAUUUAACUGGUAUAUAAUAAUAUUAGCUUUCUUUCAUUUGUAAAGAAAACCCUUUCAGGAGCUUAAUUGGUGUAUUUAAUGUUGUGAAUACAGAAGCACACUCUUUCAAAAAUGCUGUUGAUGUUUACUUUUUUUUUUAAAUAAAGCAUA